AUGUCCGCACCUAGAGCUUACCAAUUCAUUGCUUUGAGACGCCUGGCAGGUGGCGGCAGCCGUCGCCAGCUUCACAUGACUGGUCCUGCUACCUUCCCCUCGCCAUUGCUCACCUCUGAGCGCCCUGCUUCGAACCUUCCACGUGACAUUGCAGGUCUCAGGGCCGAGUGCAAGAGACGCAAGCUGGACUUCUCUGGCUCCAUGCACGAUCUCAUGGGCCGUCUGUCCGCAGAUGAUCUGACUCACUCUCGUGCUUUUACUACUGCUGUCAAUGCCACUAAGCGUCCUAGUGCUGAGCAGAAGGACGAGGUCAAGCCCGUCCGUCACUUCAACACCAGCCGUGCACUCAAGGCCGUCAAUGACAGCUCUACCAUUGACUUUGCCUACUUCCCUGACUUCGACCCUGACAAUGUUGAGGCAUCGGCUCUUCGUGUCCCCCUGCUUCAUAACAACUUCAGCCCUGCACGUACUGGCGCCCACAGCCUUGAAACUGCCGACAGUGUGGUCAUGAAGGGAGAGAUCAACACCAUGUCACCCGACAAGGUCGUCAGCAACUUCUCCGAGGUUUCUGAUAACAAUGCUAUGACGAUUGAUUUCCACGGCAUGGCGGAGAAGAUUGCUGCAGCAACUCAGAAAGCUGCCAAAGCACCCAUCGCUGAGCAGACUAGCAUUCUGAAGCAGCUGUGGAAAGGCGUUGUCGAAGACUUCCAGGGCGUCCAGGCAAAGCCCAUGACGGCUUGA